UUUCACUGUGCCGUUUGACAUAAUCUGCCUAUUCACUUUGCUCUUCACUCUGCAUUGUGCUAACAGUGAAAAUAUAUUCCAUAAUAUUUCUGGGUCCUGAGGUGGAGUUAGACACGGUAAAGAAGAGUGUUACGAAAAUGUCAGCGAACAUGACAGACUCCGCAGAAGCAAUGGAGGGUGAACUUCUGCCAGGACAGUCGGCGCAAGUACCACAGGGGGUCUGCGAGACUCUGGCGCCCCAGCGUGGCCGUCCACCAUCACGCCACUGUUUGCCAGUAAGAACGAUCAAGUGGCACCUCCGGUCUAUGAAGAUGCAGGUCAAUUUUCCCCCAUGCAAAGCAGAUAUCUUGUGCAAACAUCUGGGCAAAGGUCAAGAGAAAAAAGACAGAGGACAUUGGGUUGCUGUGCUGCGCAGUUUCAUCUACGCAUGUCGGCCUUACUUUAACUUCCUGGAAUCCACGGCCAGAACCUUGAUGUUGUCCUCUGACAUUGAACGUGUGCAGCUUUUGGCGUUCUCUCAACAAAUGUGCGACACAGUGGAACGUCUGGUGCUGAAUUUCGCCAGCCGCAAGCUCCUCACUUUGGAUGAGACCGAGCCUGACAAUAUGUCUCACUUCUGCAUCGGCCAAAUACAGCUGGACCAACUGAAGCUGAGCGUGACCAUGUUCCGCUACUGUAAGCCCACGCCUUACCUAGCGAGGGUUAACACCGGUGUGUACAAGCGCAUGCGCUGGAACGUGGAGAGACUCGAUGGAGCGCACAAGCCCGAGACAAAGUACUACUACCUGUGCUACGAGGAUGUUCCCAAUCUGCACGUAGACGGUAACAAAUCAGAUUCUACAGGGGUGCGGAUGUGGUCCAUUGGUCAAUGGGUGCAGGUGAAACCUGACCCCAGCAUGGAGGACAUCUUUGACUGGGUGCUGUGUGACGUUCCAGUGGGCGCCUUCAAGAAGCUGCUGUUUGUGGGCAAACACGAGCCGUCCAGCUGCACGGCCACCGACCAAAUGCUGCAGCUGCUCACGUCCCAGGAGGACGUCUCAUCUCAGUCAUCUUCAGUUAGGAGCUUCUCUGAGGUUUGAGGAGGGAAAUUUGGAUGUCAAUGUUACCUUUCCCUUGAUGAGCACAAGAGUCUUUGUUAUACUGUGCCUACCUCAUGUUUGCGCCUACCUCUAAAUACCUGUUUGAAUAUGUGUUUCAAAACGUUGACAUUUUGCACUGUUUUCACUGUUUGCCCACAACCUCCUGUUUUAAUUUAUUUAAAUAAUUUACAUUUACACUUCGGUGCGCAUGUUCAUGGUGCUCAAUGUUUGAUGUUAUGGUAAUCUUAAAAAACAAAAGUUUGUAAAGGUUUUAGACAUUUUAAAGUUCAUCUUUUGUGUUUUUUGUAAUAGAAAAAAAAAGAUGUCGCAGAGCUAUUAAUAAAAGUAUUUACAUUAAAC